AUGGGUUGGAAAGCAGCGCAGAAGCUUGUACAAAAAUGGAAGGUUCUCAGAGGCGACAAUGUGAUAAUUAUUAGGGGCAAAGAUAAGGGUGAGACUGGAGUCGUCAAGCGUGUUGUCCGCACUCAGAAUCGUGUUAUUGUGGAAGGGAAGAAUCUGGUAAAGAAACAUAUCAAGCAAGGUCAAGGUCAUGAAGGUGGAAUUUUUACUGUUGAAGCUCCUCUUCAUGUUUCGAAUGUCCAAGUUGUCGAUCCUGUUACAGGGAAGCCUUGUAAGGUUGGAGUCAAAUAUUUAGAAGAUGGUACAGAAGUAAGAGUGUCCAGAGGUACAGGAGCUUUUGGCUCCAUUAUUCCUCGUCCGGAGAUCCUAAAGAUAAGGACCACCCCUAGACCCACAAUGGCCGGUGCGAAAGAUACACCAAUGGAACAAGUUCUGGAAAAAACUUAUGAUGCGAAGACUGGCAGGGGGAUGCCUAGCCUUUAGAGUGUUCAUUCAUUUCUUCAUCCCGAUGAAGAGCACAUAAAGAUUUUUGACGGAUAAGCC